GCGGCGAGGCCGCCCGGUGGCGGCGGUGUGUGGGCGGUGCGCGGCGGUGGGGAGCGGAGCGGAGCGAGCGGCCAUGGCGGCGGGCAGCGCCAUCCAGAUCCCCAGCCGGCUGCCGCUGCUGCUCACCCACGAGGGCGUCCUGCUGCCCGGCUCGACCAUGCGGACCAGCGUGGACUCGCCCCGCAACAUGCAGCUGGUGCGCAGCCGGCUCCUGAAGGGCACCUCGCUGCGGAGCACCAUCAUCGGCGUCAUCCCCAACACCAGUGACCCCACCUCCGACUGCGACGACCUGCCCUCCCUGCACAGGAUUGGCACUGCUGCCUUGGCAGUUCAGGUGGUUGGUAGCAACUGGCCCAAGCCACAUUAUACGUUGCUGGUUACAGGCCUCUGCCGAUUCCAGAUCCUGCAGUUGCUGAAAGAGAAGCCGUAUCCUGUUGCUGAAGUUGAACAGUUAGAUCGACUUGAACAGUUUACUAAUCAGCAUAAAUCUGAAGAGGAACUUGGAGAGCUGUCAGAACAAUUCUACAAGUAUGCAGUGCAGUUGGUUGAGAUGCUGGAUAUGUCCGUUCCUGCAGUCGCAAAGUUGAGACGUCUUUUGGACAAUCUGCCUAGAGAAGCUUUGCCAGAUAUACUGACUUCUAUCAUCCGUACAUCCAACCAAGAGAAGCUUCAGAUUUUAGAUGCUGUUAGGCUGGAAGAACGGUUCAAGAUGACUAUACCAUUGCUUGUUAGACAGAUUGAAGGCCUGAAGCUGCUUCAGAAAACAAGAAAGCCCAAACAGGAUGAUGAUAAAAGGGUUGUAGCUAUUCGUCCUAAUAGAAGAAUCAAUCACAUUCCAAGCACUACAGAAGAUGAGGAGGAAGAAGAAGAUCAUGAUGAUGUUGUGAUGCUGGAAAAAAAGAUUAGAACGUCCAGUAUGUCAGAACAAGCUCUUAAAGUUUGUCUUAAAGAAAUAAAGAGAUUAAAGAAGAUGCCUCAGUCAAUGCCGGAAUAUGCUUUGACAAGAAAUUACUUGGAACUCAUGGUAGAAUUGCCAUGGAACAAGAGUACAAAAGAUCGCCUUGAAAUUCGUGCAGCUCGAAUUCUUUUGGAUAAUGAUCAUUAUGCUAUGGAGAAGUUGAAGAAGAGAGUUUUGGAGUACUUAGCUGUCCGACAGCUUAAAAACAACCUCAAGGGACCCAUUCUUUGUUUUGUGGGCCCCCCAGGAGUUGGUAAAACUAGUGUUGGAAGAUCAAUUGCAAAGACUUUGGGUCGAGAAUUCCACAGAAUUGCUUUAGGAGGAGUCUGUGAUCAGUCUGAUAUUCGAGGCCACAGGCGCACCUAUGUUGGCAGUAUGCCUGGCAGGAUAAUCAAUGGACUAAAGACUGUUGGCGUUAACAAUCCAGUAUUCCUGUUGGAUGAGGUUGAUAAACUGGGGAAGAGCUUGCAGGGAGAUCCUGCAGCAGCCUUGCUUGAGGUCUUGGAUCCAGAACAAAAUCACAGUUUCACCGAUCACUACUUAAAUGUAGCCUUUGAUCUGUCCCAAGUCCUUUUUAUAGCUACGGCCAACACUACAGCUACUAUCCCACCUGCGCUGCUGGACAGAAUGGAAAUUAUUCAAGUUCCAGGAUACACACAGGAAGAAAAAAUUGAAAUUGCACAUAGACACUUGAUUCCUAAACAGCUUGAACAACAUGGCCUGACUCCACAGCAAAUACAGAUUCCACAAGUAACCACUUUGGACAUAAUUACCAGAUACACUAGAGAGGCAGGAGUCCGCUCUCUGGAUCGGAAGCUGGGAGCUAUUUGCAGAGCAGUGGCAGUGAAAGUGGCAGAAGGACAGCACAAAGAAACAAAGCCAGAUCGUGCCGAAGUGGGUGAAGGAGAAGAUUGCAAAGAGCAUGUCACAGAAGACACAAAAACAGAAUCCAUCAGUGACACAGCUGACCUGGCUCUGCCACCUGAAAUGCCGAUUUUAAUUGAUUUCCAUGCUUUAAAAGAUAUCCUGGGGCCACCCAUGUAUGAAAUGGAGGUGUCUGAACGCUUAAGCCAGCCAGGAGUAGCCAUAGGCUUGGCCUGGACUCCCUUAGGGGGAGAGAUCAUGUUUGUGGAAGCCAGUCGCAUGGAUGGAGAAGGUCAGCUUACUUUGACUGGUCAACUGGGAGACGUUAUGAAGGAGUCGGCGCAUCUUGCAAUCAGCUGGUUGCGCAGCAAUGCGAAGAGAUACCAGUUAACCAACGCUUCUGGAAGUUUUGAUCUCCUUGACAACACUGACAUCCAUCUGCACUUCCCAGCUGGAGCUGUCACAAAAGAUGGACCAUCUGCUGGCGUUACCAUAGUAACCUGUCUUGCUUCACUCUUCAGUGGGCGGCUGGUGUGUUCAGAUGUAGCCAUGACAGGAGAAAUUACACUAAGAGGCCUUGUUCUUCCAGUUGGGGGAAUUAAAGACAAAGUCCUGGCAGCACACCGAGCUGGACUGAAGAGAAUUAUCAUUCCUCAAAGAAAUGAAAAAGAUCUUGAGGAAAUUGCAGUGAACGUGCGGCAAGACUUGACGUUUGUUCUGGCAAGCUGUCUCGAUGAAGUUCUUAAUGCAGCUUUCGAUGGAGGAUUUGCCGUUAAGCCCAGAGUUGAGCGCUUGAAUAGUAAACUUUAAGCAGACAGGCCAAGAUUAGGACUGUAUCAAACUUAGCUGAUAUUAAUUGAUCUCUAUUAUGUAUGAAUCAAGUACAACUAUGAGCUGAACUUGAUUGUUUAAAUGUGGGUGUAAAUGCAAUCAAAAUAAAAACUUUACUUCAGCAGUUAACACCCUGAAACCACACCUUAUGGGCAUUUGCUGCUUUUUACUAUUAUCAGCAAAGAAUCUUGAAAAAACUACCCCUUUCCUGGUAGAUUGAAGCCUGAGAAAGCUGAAACUGUUGAGAACCAAUUCCUUAGCUUAUCUGGCAUGUAUGUAUGUAUGUAAAUGUCAGGGGCUGAUUACAUCUUUAAAGAGGACACACCCACAAACGGAAUAAUAACGCAAUUCUGUGAGCGAUAUUCAAAGAACGCAAACUGCAGCAAAUGCAGCACAGCAAGAGUCUAAUAGACGGGCUUGUUACCGAAAAGCAAACUCAUUUAGCGCAAGAGUUUACUUGUUUAGGAGAUAAUGUACUAAGGAGCAGUAAGUAGCACCCCAGGAAAAGUGAGGGUUUUGAAAUCUAAAAAAUAUGCUUAAGGGAUUUGAUCAGAAGCAAUAUGGGCUAAAUUAAGUUAGUAGGUCCUUUCGACACGCACCUCUAGUUUGUAGCAAGGUCAAUGCAGACGUCAUUUUCCAAACCUGAAUACAGGAAGCAACUCAAGAACUGACAGGUACGGAUUCUUGUGUCGGAAGGGAGAUAAGGCACCGACGCUCACGUAUGCAGAGUGGUACUCGCAGCACCAGAAGCAGGCGGAGCACACUUGGAGACUUUAUGAAAAAGCCUGGUAACGUUUUGGAGGUACAAAGUACAUGUCCUUCGUUCUUACCUGACACAAAUCAAUGUGACUCUGGGAUGCC